AUGGCUUUUACGUUCAAGAGUGAAUCCAGCAGCUCUCUUGCUCUAAUUCUUGGCGCUUGGGCGAGGCAAGCGAUGUCAGUCCGCAUGUUGCGCGAGCCCACCAUUGCAGAGCAGCACCAGCAAUGGAUGGCCGAAUAUGUUCGGACCUACAAGGACCCACAGGAGAAGGCAAAAUGCCAGGCAAUUUUCGGCCAGAACUUGCGGUUCAUUGAGGAUUUCAAAAGGAUCCUGCUGGGCAUUCUCAGUCGUAGUAGCAGUAGGAGGAAUCGUGGGGAUCACAAGCGCUACGGCUGUAGAGGCGGUUACCCAGACAAUGCUUUCAAGUACAUUAUCCGAAACCAAGGAAUCGCGUCCCAGAAUACCUAUGCAUACCAUGGGAUGGACAGGACCUGCAAUGCAACGAAAGCAGCAGAACACACGGCGCAAAUCAAAGGCUUUGCAGAUGUGCCGCCCGGUGAGGAUGAGCUCAUGAAGGCAGUCUCCCAACAACCAGUCGCGGUCAUUAUCACAGCAAGCGGGCGGGAGUUCCAGAGCUAUAGACAUGGCGUGUUCAAUGGGGAUUGCGGCUCACAGCUGGACCACGUUGUUGUCGUCGUUGGGUACGGGAAGAGCGAGGAUGGAAUCAAUUUCUGGAAGAUCAGGAAAUCUUGGGGCGUGGCAUGGGGUGAAGGCGGUUACAUGAGGAUUCAGAGAGGCGGUGGUAGUUCUAAAGGAAUUUGCGGACUCGCAUCGGAAGCUUCUUAUCCAUUGCUUAAGGAUAACACUUAA